AUGCUACCAUUGUGGGUGUCAAUUAUUCCGGUUCUAAACGCCCAGAACUUGUACUUCGAUAAGACGCUCCCAGAUGAAGAGACUGUGUUGAAUGUUGUGGACUUUCAUCGAGCUCGCGCCUUGAGUGGCUAUCACUUCGCACAUGUAAACGAUACAGCAAUGUACAAUGCAAAGCGAUUUGAAGGAGAUAUAGGUCGAUUUUAUAUUUAUCGAAAAAGUCAGAAUCGCUCAAAGAUUGCGGAAGCAAUAGAAGAGUACAAGAAAAAGACGUGCAUAGAAUUCUCACCAAAAAGCGCUGCUGACCAGGACUAUAUCCAUAUUGUUCCGGAUGACGGAUGCUACUCACUCGUCGGCCGUAUAGGUGGAAAACAGCCAGUGAGCCUUGGUGAUGGCUGUAUACAGAAGGGUAUCAUUAUACAUGAAUUAAUGCACGUAGUUGGAUUUUUUCACGAGCAAAGUAGAGCUGAUCGCGAUGACCACGUUAUUAUCAAUUGGAGCAAUGUUGAGUCCGGACUUCAAGAUCAGUUCGACAAAUACUCCUUACAGAUGAUUGACCAUCUAGACACCGAAUAUGACUACGGAUCUGUUAUGCACUACGCUCCUACAGCUUUUAGUAAAAAUGGCAAACCAACAAUAGAACCACGAAAGAAGGGAGCCGAGAUUGGUCAACGCUAUGGUUUCAGCGACACGGACUUAUACAAAAUUAAUAAGUUAUACAAUUGCAAAAAGGAUGGUAUGUUUUCUGCAGAAGGAUUGCGACUUAUAAAUUAUUGA